GCUUCCGGGCUCGGCGCGCGCCUUCCUGCGGCUAAGAUGGCGGCCGAGCAUCCCGAGGCUCCGAAGGGGGAGCUGCAGCUGCCGCCGCCGCCGCCCCCCGGACACUAUGGCGCCUGGGCUGCCCAGGAGCUUCAGGCUAAGUUGGUAGAGAUCGGGGCGCCGAUCCAAGCAGGGAGUCGCGAGGAGCUGGUGGAGCGGCUGCAGACCUACACCCGCCAGACGGGCAUCGUGCUGAAUCGGCCGGUGCUGAGAGGCGACGAUGGGGACAAAGCGGCGCCCCCGCCCAUGUCGGCGCAGCUCUCGGGAAUCCCCAUGCCGCCCCCGCCAAUGGGGCUGCCCCCUCUGCAGCCGCCACCCCCGCCACCCCCGCCGCCCCCCGGCCUCGGCCUUGGCUUUCCCAUGGCAGUUGGACCUCGCCCGCCAAACCUGGGUCCACCGCCGCCUCUCCGGGUGGGCGAGCCGGUGGCGCUGACCGAGGAGGAGCGGCUGAAGCUGGCCCAGCAGCAGGCGGCGUUGCUGAUGCAGCAGGAGGAGCGAGCGAAGCAGGCCGCCGUGCUACUGGAACAGGAGCGGCAGCAGGAGAUCGCCAAGAUGGGCACCCCAGUUCCUCGAGCCCCACAAGACCUGGGCCAGAUUGGGGUCCGCACCCCGCUGGGUCCUCGAGUCGCUGCCCCAGUGGUCCCCACGCCCACGGUGUUGCCCAUGGGGGCCCCUGUUCCUCGGCCUCGUGGACCCCCGCCGCCCCCCGGGGAUGAGAACAGAGAGAUGGACGACCCCUCUGUGGGCCCCAAGAUCCCACAGGCUUUGGAGAAGAUCCUGCAGCUGAAGGAGAGCCGCCAGGAGGAGAUGAACUCCCAGCAGGAGGAAGAGGAAAUGGAGACGGACGCGCGCUCGUCCCUGGGCCCAUCGGCCUCGGAGCCUGAGGAGGACACCGUGUCCGUGUCCAGGAAAGAGAAAAACCGGAAGCGUCGCAACCGCAAGAAGAAGAAGAAGCCGCAGCGGGUGCGGGGGGCAUCCUCCGAGAGCUCGGGGGAGCGCGAGAAAGAGUCCCGGGCCCGGGGCUCUGAGUCCCCCGCCGCCGCCGACGUGGAGAUCGAGUACGUGACGGAGGAGCCAGAGAUUUACGAGCCCAACUUCAUCUUCUUCAAAAGGAUCUUUGAGGCUUUCAAGCUCACCGACGAUGUGAAGAAGGAGAAGGAGAAGGAGCCGGAGAAGAUGGACAAACUGGAGAACUCCACCGUCCCCAAGAAGAAGGGCUUUGAGGAGGAGCCCAGGGACAGCGACGAUGACAGCAGUGACGACGAGCAGAAGAAGCCGGAAGCUGCCAAGCUGUCCAAGAAGAAGUUGCGCCGGAUGAACCGCUUCACGGUGGCCGAGCUCAAGCAGCUGGUGGCCCGGCCCGAUGUCGUGGAGAUGCAUGACGUCACAGCCCAGGACCCCAAGCUCUUGGUCCACCUCAAGGCCACGCGGAAUUCCGUGCCGGUGCCACGCCACUGGUGUUUCAAGCGCAAGUACCUGCAGGGCAAGCGCGGCAUCGAGAAGCCGCCCUUCGAGCUGCCCGACUUCAUCAAGCGCACGGGCAUCCAGGAGAUGCGGGAGGCCCUGCAGGAGAAGGAGGAGCAGAAGACCAUGAAGUCGAAGAUGCGGGAGAAGGUCCGGCCCAAGAUGGGCAAGAUCGACAUCGACUACCAGAAGCUGCACGACGCUUUCUUCAAGUGGCAGACCAAGCCCAAGCUCACCAUCCACGGGGACCUGUACUACGAGGGGAAGGAGUUUGAAACACGGCUGAAGGAGAAGAAGCCCGGAGACCUGUCGGAUGAGCUGCGGAUCUCCUUGGGGAUGCCCGUGGGGCCGAAUGCCCACAAGGUCCCGCCCCCGUGGCUGAUCGCCAUGCAGAGAUACGGGCCACCCCCCUCGUACCCCAACCUGAAAAUCCCGGGGCUGAACUCGCCCAUCCCUGAGAGCUGCUCCUUCGGGUACCACGCUGGAGGCUGGGGAAAACCCCCGGUCGAUGAGACGGGGAAGCCGCUCUACGGGGACGUGUUCGGGACCAACGCUGCCGAGUUUCAGACCAAGACUGAGGAGGAAGAGAUCGAUCGGACCCCUUGGGGGGAGCUGGAGCCGUCGGAUGAGGAGUCUUCGGAGGAAGAGGAAGAGGAGGAGAGCGACGAAGACAAGCCGGACGAGACGGGCUUCAUCACCCCCGCGGACAGUGGCCUCAUCACUCCGGGAGGCUUCUCGUCGGUUCCGGCGGGAAUGGAGACCCCCGAGCUCAUCGAGUUGAGGAAGAAGAAGAUCGAGGAGGCGAUGGACGGAAGCGAGACGCCCCAGCUGUUCACCGUGCUGCCAGAGAAGAGAACGGCCACUGUCGGGGGAGCCAUGAUGGGAUCCACCCACAUUUAUGACAUGUCCACGGUUAUGAGCCGGAAGGGGCCAGCUCCCGAGCUGCAAGGGGUGGAAGUGGCCCUGGCCCCGGAGGAAUUGGAGUUGGACCCCAUGGCCAUGACCCAGAAGUACGAGGAGCACGUGCGGGAGCAGCAGGCCCAGGUGGAGAAGGAAGACUUCAGUGACAUGGUGGCCGAGCAUGCGGCCAAACAGAAGCAAAAGAAGCGGAAAGCUCAGCCCCAGGAUAGCCGUGGGGGCAGCAAGAAGUACAAGGAAUUCAAAUUUUAGGUGUCCCUCGCGCACUCGGCCCUCCGUGAGGCCCUGCGCCUGCCUGCCUGGGCUGCACACGAGGGUCCCCAAGAGCCUGCUCUCCCCACUGUUCCCAUUCCCAAGGAGUUGUCGUUUCGUGUUCUUAUUUCAGAUCUGUUUUG